GGCCCUGAUUGAAUUUUACAACCUCAACAAUUUGCAAUUUGCAAAAAAAAAUUGUUUUUUUGUUUGUGUCGGCCUGAAAACCUUCCUUGUAAUUGCGACAAUACCACAAAAAGAACAGAGACAAAGUGCUUGUAGCCAAAGUAAAGGUUAAUAAUUUAUUCGCGUGAAAAAUAUCGUCUUCAGAUGCGACAGCGACAUAAAAAGUGUUUUAUGUAAAUUUAAUUAAAAAAAUAUUACUACACUCAAGUUUGCAUUGUAAAUGUGUUACAAUUACGUGGUUUGCUAGAUUUUUACAGAAUUAUGCUGAAGGGUAAAGGACAACGUUCCUUUGAGGAAGUAUGGCCUGAUAUGAGAAUCAUAGUCUUGAAGCUGCUAAAACAGGAAACCGUCUCACAAGUCGAAUGGCAAGAUUUAUUUUAUGGCGUUCAUUUGGUGUGUCUGUGGGAUGAGAAGGGUGCUGCUAAAAUUUACGACUGCCUUCGUAAUGAUGUUGUUGAGUUUAUAUCCCAUGCCCAGCUUAAAGUUCAGUCACAGCGGGGCGAACAUGCUCUACUCACAACCUACAUUGUAGAGUGGCGAAAAUUCUUCACGCAAUCCAGUUACCUGCCUUUACCAUUUCGCCAGUUGGAACAUUGGUUUCAGUCGAAAGCACCCUCAUCCUCCUCCGGCUGCUCUGCUUCCACUUCCGCCUCAAGUUCCUCAACGUCGGCUGCGUCGACAUCAGCGGCUGCGUCUUCUGCGGCAGCUUCAACGUCGUCGGCGGCCAAGAAGAAUCCCACCGAAGACAGUAUUGUUCGGAAGCUGAUGUUAGACUCUUGGAACGAGCACAUAUUCAAGGACAUAAAAGACCGCUUGCAGGAGUCGGCUAUGAAAAUCGUACACGCCGAACGCAAUGGUGAUGCCUACGACGCGCAGUUGGUGAUCGGUGUGAGGGAAAGUUAUGUUAAUCUCUGUUCUAAUCCCGAAGACAAACUCCAGAUAUAUCGCGAAAAUUUCGAGGCAGCCUAUCUGAAGGCCACCACUGCCUUCUAUCGUCUGAAGGCCACAGAACAACAGCAGGCCAACGGAGUCCUUGCUUUCAUGAAGUAUGCCGACGCAAAGUUGCGAGAGGAGGAAGCUAGAGCUGAGCGGUAUUUGGAACCUAGUAGUUAUGCAGUCUUGGCCCAAACAUGCGUCAAGGUACUCGUAGGCGAUCACAUGAACACCAUAAUAGCCGAAUGUGCUCCACUUAUCAAAGAAUACGAGACAGAUCGCUUGAAUUUAAUGUUCCGUCUGCUCGAUCGAGUUCCCAACGGUGUCGAUCCGAUGUUGCGUGAUUUGGAAAAUCACAUAGUCUCCGCUGGUCUUGCUGACAUGCUCUCGGCUUCGGAGAUUAUUACGCAAGAUUCGGAGAAAUAUGUGGAACGUCUCUUGGAGUUGUUUAAGAAAUUCAGCGCACUUGUUAAGAAUGCAUUCAGUGAUAAUCCUCGUUUCCUCACAGCCCGUGACAAAGCAUUUAAAACGGUGGUAAACGACACUAGUGUCUUUAAAUUGGAAUUGCCCACAGGUAUACAGAAUCGUGGUGUUAAGUAUACAGCGCCAGAGAGUAAAUGUCCGGAAUUGUUGGCAAACUACUGUGACAUGUUGUUGCGUCGAACGCCACUAAGCAAGCGACUGACGAGCGAGCAAAUCGAUGCACGUCUCAAGGAUGUACUAUUGGUGUUGAAAUAUGUUAAUAAUAAGGAUGUAUUUAUGCGUUAUCACAAGGUGCAUCUAACAAGAAGACUUAUUUUGGGCACUAGUGCAGACAGCGAAAAGGAAGAAGAUAUAGUUGAAUGGCUACGAGGAGUUGGCAUGCCUGCCGACUAUGUAAAUCGUUUAGCCCGUAUGUUCCAAGACAUAAAAGUUAGUGAAGACUUAAAUACUCAGUUCCGCAAUUCAACCGGUCGACACGAUGCCAUUAAUAUUAAAAUUCUAAAUGCUGGUGCUUGGGCCCGUUGCUCUGAACGUGUAUCAGUAAGUCUACCCCUAGAACUGGAGGAUUAUAUACCCGAUGUUGAGGAAUUCUAUAAGAAGAAACAUUCCGGCCGUAAAUUACAAUGGUAUCAUCACAUGAGUAAUGGCACAAUUACAUUUGUCAAUAAUUUUGGUCGAUAUGAUCUCGAUGUCACAACAUUUCAAAUGGCCGUGCUCUUUGCAUGGAAUCAAAGGCAGCAUGAUAAAAUAUCAUAUGAAAAUCUUAGAUUAGCCACAGAAUUGCCAGAUCCUGAGCUUAGGCGCACUUUGUGGUCAUUGGUGGCAUUUCCUAAAUUGAAAAAACAAAUACUAUCAAUGGAACCAAAUUGUCCCUCACCCAAGGAUUUUGCUGAGAACACUUUGUUCUAUGUAAACCAAGAUUUUGCCGUAGUAAAGAAUGGCAAAUCACAACGUAGGGGCAAAUUAAAUCUAAUUGGUCGGUUACAGUUGAGCACUGAACGCUCAAUACAAGAGGAUAAUCAGUCGAUUGUUCAGCUGCGUAUUUUGCGUGUUCAGGAAGCCAUUAUUAAAAUUAUGAAAAUGCGAAAACGCAUGAACAAUGCUACACUACAGGCCGAGUUGAUUGAUAUUCUGAAAAAUAUGUUCUUGCCUUCGAAGAAAAUGAUCAAGGAACAAUUGGAAUGGUUGAUCGAACAUAAGUAUAUGCGACGUGAUGAUGAUGAUAUCAACACUUUUAUAUAUAUGGCUUAAGUUUAUACAUAUUUUUUAUAUAUAUUAACUCACUCACAAACACAUUCUCUCAUAUGCAGUAUAUAUAUUCUACCUUAUAAGAGUAAGGGAAUCUUUUAUUAGGAAUGCUACUACAUAGUUUUGUUUUUAAUUUGCUCUCACCUUUAACAAUUCUAGGGCAUUUUCAAAUUUCAUUUUUUUUGUAUAAGUGAUCUUAAAUUUGUUGAUGGGUAUUGACAGCUCGAAUCAUAAGUUUAGUAUUGGAAAAAACUUGAUUGUCAUUUCAAGUAAACAAAGUGAAUCUGGUCAGUUAAAAUUUAAUAUGGUGGUUUUUGCUCCUUGAGAUUAAACUUGAAUAGGACAUCACUCGUUGAUAUGUAAGAAGUUUGCCCCCUGUUCCUUAAUGUUCCCUUCUUAAUGCUGGCGCCAUAUGUGUUAGGUACUAUGUCAUGUUUACAGCCAUGGGAAAACUUCUCCCCAAAUAGAUGUCUCACUACGGUACGCUGUUUGGACCCGAGGUCCCUUAUCGUUGAUCUUAAACUUGAAUCGGACAGCACUCAUUGAUAUAUGAGAAGUUUGCCAGCUGUUCCUUAAUGAAUUGCUGGUGGGCAAACUUGCAUUUGCAGAAAAAAUAUAAAUCCUAUGAGAAGCCCAUACUAUUCCAUCACUAAUGUUGACGGCACUUGCAAGUAUUUUAGAUUUUAAAACAUCUCUAGAAAUCCAUCGGCCAAAAGUUCUAUAAAAGCCAAUUGAAGUAAAAAGCACUAAGGCUUUCAUCUGAACAUCGUGUGAUUUUAGGUAUAGUGGCCUCCACCGUAGCGCAGAGGUUAGCAUGUCCGUCUAUGACGCUGAACGCCUGGGUUCGAAUCUUUGUGAGGCCAUCAGAAAAAAAUUUUGAACGGUGGUUUUCCCCUCUUAAUGCUGGCAACAUUUGUGAGGUACUAUGCCAUGUAAAACUUCCCUCCAAAGAGGUGUCGCUCUGCGGCACGCCGUUCGGACUCGGCUAUAACAGGAGGCCCUUAUCAUUGAGCUUAAACUUGAAUCGGACUGCACUCAUUGAUAUGUGAGAAGUUUGCCUCUGUUUCUUAGUGGAAUGUUUAUGGCCAAAAUUUGCAUUUGAAAUAUAAAAAAAAGGUUAAAAGUUUGUAAUUUUUUUCCGUGAAGAAACAAUUUUAAUCUCGUCCUUUUUGCAUAUAUUUUUUAAAAACUUAAAAUAAAAAAAAUUAUAUACAACAUGACAUUAUAACAAAGAAAAUCUGUUUCCCCACAUAGCCAACGAUUACUAUAAUGCGCUUUCUUAACAUAUUGGGCUCGAGUAAAAGAAUUGUAAUAAAAUUAGAUCCCAAAACUAGUUAUAUAUGAUUAGAGCUAUAUACCAUGACUCAAGCCAUGAUGGGCUAAUAAUAGAGGAAAUCCAUGAUAGGUUAAUAAUAAAGGAAGAAAUUUCAAAAAAGAAGAGAGUGCGGAAUCGUCUUGUUGUUGUCGUCGUAGCCACAUUUGAGCAAGCUCGUUUCGGUUCAUAAUAACGAUCGCCGCGGGAACGUUAUGGCCAUUGGUUAAAUAAAGGCGCAAAAAACUAAGCUUGUCAUAGCGAGUAUCAUAAGUACUCAGUAAGAACUGGUGCCACCGGCUUUUCACAGAGACUCUCCGCUCGAUAUCGCUGAUUUUCUACGACUGCCAGUGCAGCUAAUUCGUGUAGGAAGCAUUUCACUAUACGCAAUAGUGGACGCUCCCGGUAGUUCCCAGCUGAGCUUGUCGUGAUGAUAAUAAACACCACACAAAUCGGAGCUUGUGGUGCUUAUAGUCAUCUCGUACCAGGGAAUUAAUUGUCUUGUUGAGCGCUCUAGCAAUUGCUAAGAAGAAUGUAUUUCAAAAUCUUUAGAUUAUAUGCCCCUAAACUACUUCAGUGAGAACUUUCUUUCCUGAAAGCCUUCAUUGGCACAGCUUCACUAUCCGUUUCAAUUCUAUAUAGGCGCAACUGUAAACUUAUGUGUACCGUCUGGAUGCCGUUUGUCGUACUAAUCUCUUUUCUAAUUUCUCUCAAUGUUGGCCUCGUUUUGUUGGGUCGGGAUAUCCCUGCAGGACUUUUGAUGUCUUUCCGGCAGCCUUUGUUGUUGUUGUAGCCACAAUUGCAUGUGGAAUUAGAAAUCCUUGUCAAACUCCUAGACGAGUAAGCUCGUUCCGGUCCAUAGGACCGAUCACUGCGCAAACGUUAUGGCCAUUGGUUAUUUAAAAGCGCCAAUAACUCGCCUUGUUAUAUCCGGCAACAUAGUCACUUAGUAUUUAAGCAAGAGCCGGUGCCGUCCGGCCUCUUACUGAGUCUCACCACUCGAUACCGCUGAUUGUCCGAGACUGCAGGUGCAGCUACCCGUAUACGAAGCAUCCUACUAUCCGCAACCUUUGGAAGCGCCCGGUAGCUCUUAUCUGAGCUUCUCGUAAUAACUUACAUAUCACCAACACACACAGAUCAGAGUUCAAAGUUCCAGCCUGUAUGGUGUUCAUAGUUAUCCCAUGCCGGGUGCCUUUUCGUUCCAGUGUGUCCCUUACACCCCUGUUCCUAACUCGGAUCGCACUGCCAUUAAGGGCUUCACGCUCGCCGAAAUGGCUGCCUUUUCUUUCGUUCCCUUUUAUCCCACUGCGCCUCGGAACCCAAAUAACCCGAUGCCUACGUGGUGUAAGCGUUAAUCGUUUUUUCAAUCCAACGUUACGGACCUUUUGUUGUUAUUGUAGCCACAUUCACUGUAAAUAUACAGAUUGAUUGAUUCCAAAAUUAUUGUGAUGCGGCUACCGUUUCCAGAUCUGGCUCCAGAAACCAUAGUGAUUCUGUACUCAGAUUAGUAGGUUUUCCGGGCAUGUAAAUCGAUGAUUGGUUUCAUGAGGUUCUGUGUUGUAUGUAGGACGAAUAUUGAGGAUGGUAUCGUCUAAGCUUCAGUUUGCUACACCAUCCUGAUCUUAAUUGGACCAGUGUAGCCCUGGUUUUUUUGCAGGUCUUUUUCAUAAUUCACUAUUAGUGGUGGGAAUCUACCAAAGACUAUAUGCAGCUGAUUCGAUAAAGCAGCAUUGUUUACAGUAUUUGCAAGAAACGCUGCAAGGUUGUAGGUGGAUUGGUGAUAUGAUGUCGGGUCUCUAAACAUCCAGAUACUCCUCCCGGUAUGUCUCCGAGGAUCUUCUAGCUCAGACCCUAGCUAGCUCGAGUGGGUCUCCUGGUGGCAGCCAUGAUUUUCGAUGUUUGUCAUCUGCAGGCAGCUCCUUGUUGUCAUUUGGGCGCAUUUUGACAGGUCUGUAGGUUGUCCACUGCGUAUGGCCCACGUACACGUAUACUGAGGCGAUAGCCCUUGCCGAUGAAGGGUUCCAUCGGGUCAAUCCGGUGCGUACAACCGGCUGCCAUGGUAUUUAUCUCAUGUGAACCACCUCUAUCAGGAGAUAAAGAUCCUACCUGUGCGAAGACAUAUCUACAUGCUGUCUAAACAAUACCUUUUGGGCUGUUAUCGCAGAGACCAUCCAAAUCAUCUUGUGGAUGGAUAUCCAACGCCCAGAAGCCUUAAGGUAGAUCUACAUGAUAUAGAGCGUGAGGUUCAGCGCUACAACAGAGAACCUCUAGAGCAAGCGGCAUAUCAAGCAGGUCUAGACAACAUUCAUGGGUGAAUGUAGUCCUUGGAGAACGACCGCCCCCCAUUGCACCUGAAGAAAUUGACCUCCCCCGGCAAACCAGAGUAGUUCUGGCUCAGUUACGUUCUGGCAGAUGUAGCCGCCUCAACUCCUACAGAGCAAGGAUUUAGGCCGACAUGCAAGAUGUAUGUGCCGAUUGUAACCAGGGACCGCACAAUAUACGUCACCUAUUUAACUGCCCAGCCAGACCCACUCGACUCAGACCCAGAUCCCUGUGGACGCACCCCAUCUUAGUCGCAGUGUUCUUGGGUCUUGACACUCUACCGAAUCAAGCAAACGAAUGAUAGAACACAACAAACUGCUACAACGACAACAACGUUGACGCUGCAUAAUUCACUGCAUGCCGGCCAAUCGUUUUAUAAGUGGUAAAUAAUAUCUUUUUGUUCAUACCUCGAGUGUUGUCUUCCAAAGAUUUGAGGAUUUUUCUUCUGCUUCUUGCCUUAUCAAGGGUCAACCCUAAAAUCAUCAAAUGAUUUAUUGUCGGAAUUAUUUUUGUUCAUAGUCUAUAACUUCAAGCUCCAUUGAAACCUCUUUCGUCCAGGUAGUGAAUUUGAACCUUUCGAAAGCACCGAUCUUCGUGGGAACGUUUUGGCCAUUGGCAACUUAGAGGCACUUAUAACUCGUCAUGUCAUAUCUAGCAUCAUAGGCACUCAGUUAUUAAGCAGAAGACGGUGCUGGUGCCGCAUGGCUUCUUACUGAGACUCUCCACUCGAUACUGCAUGAUUUGCUUUUAGGAUUGAUGCCUUCAGAUGUUUUCGCCUACAUAGAAUAUUAUUUCUCAAAGCAUAGACAUCGAGAUGUUAAUGAAAUAUAGAAGGGACAAAAAAAAACAUAUAUAACAACAUCUGGCCAGAUCCACUUGUUUUACUCGUCACAUUUAAAUUCUGUAUGAAAUCUUUUUAUACCCUCCACCAUAGGAUGGGGGUAUACUAAUUUCGUCAUUCUGUUUGUAACAACUCGAAAUAUGUGUCUGAGACCCCAUAAAGUAUAUAUAAAUUCUUGAUCGUCAUGUCAUUUUAAGUCGAUCUAGCCGUGUCCGUCCGUCCGUCUGUCUGUCGAAAGCAUGCUAACUUUCGAAGGAGUUAAGCUAGCCGCUUGAAAUUUUGCACAAAUACUUUUUAUUAGUGUAGGUCGGUUUGGAUUUUAAAUGGGCCAAUUCGGUCCAUGUUUUGAUAUAGCUGCCAUAUAAACCGAUCUUGGGUCUUGACUUCUUGAGCCUCUAGAGGGCGCAAUUCUUGCCCGGUUUGACUGAAAUUUUGCACGUGGUGUUUUGGUAACACUUCCAACACCUGCCCUAAGUAUGGUUUAAAUCGGUUCGUGUUUUGAUAUAGCUGCCAUAUAAACCGAUCUUGGGUCUUGACUUCUUGAGCCUCUAGAGGGCGCCAUUGUCGUCCGAUUUGACUAAAAUUUUGCGCGUAGUGUUUUGGUAUCACUUCCAACAACUGUGUUAAGUAUGAUUCAAAUCGGUUCAUAAUCUGAUAUAGCUGUCAUAUAAACCAAUCUUGGAUCUUGACUUCUUGAGCCAAUAGAGGGCGCAAUUCGCAUCCGAUUUGGCUGAAAUUUUGCAUGAGGUGCUAAGUAUGGCGCAAAUCGGUAAAUAACCUGAUAUAGCUGCCAUAUAAACCGAUCUGGGGUCUUGACUUCUUGGGCCUCUAGAGGGCGCAAUUCUCAUCCGAUUUGGAAGAAAUUUUGUACAACGGCUUCUCUCAUGACCUUCAACAUACGUGCCUAAUAUGGUCUGAAUCUAUGAAUAGCUUCAUACAGCUCCCAUAUAAACCGAUCUUCCGAUUUUGCUUCUUGAGCCCCUACAAGGCGCAAUUCUUAUCCGAAUGAACUGAAAUAUUACACAAUAGCAUAUUCUUAUUCAAUAUUCUUUGUUUGCCUAAAAAGAGGUACUGCGCAUAGAACUCGACAAAUGCGAUCCAUGGUGGAGGGUAUAUAAGAUUCGGCCCGGCCGAACUUAGCACGCUCUUACUUGUUUAAUCUCAUAAUCUGUAUUCUAUUAACGGGCAAUGAUCCAUUGAAUAUUCUUGCAUGUCGUGCAUGCCAACGAAAUAUAUAGGUAUAUAUUUUUUUUAGUUUUUUAAUCUAUUUAAAAAAAGUUUUUACAAAGUUAAACAGAUUUUCUUAUUUUAUGGGUAUAAUGUUUUGUUUUGAGUAAGGCUAUUUUUAAACUUUAAGUUAUGAGUGUUCUAAUACAUGGGUAUAGUUGGGAAAUUAAGAAAAUAUGAAGAUCAUGCUUUCUUUCCUAAAAAAAAAACACCAUAUAACUUACAUGAACAAGUGAAUGACAACAAAAGACAAAAAAUUAGAAUAAAAGUUGCUAAGGUCUUGCAUGAUGUUCGAACUUCAUAACCUAAGAAAAACUUGUUUUAGAAAACUAUCUGCCCAAACGUUUGUCACAAAAUGUAUUGCCAUUAUUUUUUUAAACAAGUCCGAAUUUCGAGCAAGGCUGGAACAACCAAAAUUGUGAAUCAAUGAAGGCAAACGAUUUCUAGGUUUAUUGAUAAUGAUGAUUGUUUAAAACAACACUUAGGGCUAAACUAAUUCGAAAUAUACAAAAACACUCACGCAUGCCUAUCACAUAAUCUACCCCAUUAGAAGAAAAAACUACAAACAUACAUACAGUUCGAGUGUCUUCGAUGAUCAGCAAACUAUUGGCAAACUUACAUUUACAACAGAUUAUUUCGAAUAGUAGCAUAUACAGAUACAUGCAUACAUACAUACAUACAUAGAGUAUAAUUUAAGUAGAUGUUUUCCAAUUGUUUAUUGUUAAACUUAAGAUAGUAUUUUGUAUAAACUAUUGUACAAUUUACUCUUUCCACAACAUUUUCAUUUAUCCUCAUUUUUUUUGUUUGUUUCUAUACUCUAUUCCACACAUUUUACUUAUUUAUAUCUAAUUUGUAAGCAUUUAAGUGUUUUAUUGUUACAAUUUUACAUUUGUAGUAUGUUAUAUCAUUCUUAUUUGCGCAUAUUUUAUUACUUGAUUGAAAUCCAUUUACAUUAUAUAUAACGAAAACC